GAAGAUUUACGAGAGAGGCUGUAUUAGAUUUGGAACCUUCUCCUCUCUAUCCCACCUCCCCAGCUCUUUUUCUCUUCCCAUUUCUCUUCAUUCAUAAAAAGCUCGUGCCAUAUAAAGCCCAAUUCGGCUGUAACCUUCUGAUUCUCUCUCUAUCUCUCCAGCCCCCCUCCGCAAUUGGCAUCCCUUGAUGGCCUCACAAGCAAGCCUUCUCCUCCAAAAACAGCUCAGAGAUCUUUGUAAGCACCCGGUUGCUGGGUUCUCAGCCGGUUUGAUUGAUGAGAGCAAUAUUUUUGAAUGGGGUGUCACCAUCAUAGGGCCUCCUGAUACUCUUUACGAUGGAGGCUAUUUUAAUGCCAUUAUGAGCUUUCCGUCAAAUUAUCCUCUCAGCCCUCCUACGGUGAAAUUUACAUCAGAGUUAUGGCAUCCAAAUGUAUAUCCUGAUGGAAAAGUUUGUAUAUCAAUUCUUCAUCCGCCUGGUGAUGAUCCAAAUGGUUAUGAGCUUGCAAGUGAGCGUUGGAGUCCUGUCCAUACGGUUGAAAGUAUUGUCUUAAGUAUCAUAUCAAUGCUUUCCAGCCCAAAUGACGAGUCUCCGGCGAAUGUAGAGGCUGCUAAGGAAUGGAGAGAUAAGAGGGACGAAUUUAAGAAGAAGGUGAGCCGAUGCGUGAGGAAGUCACAGGAAAUGUUGUGAUGCAUCAUUUUGUUGUGGGGUUGGGGGGGGGGGUCUUUUUUGCUUGUGUGUACCAGAGUGUCUCAAUUUGUUGUGUGGGAGGACUGGCUCAUAGGGUUGGCAUGCUAAGUUAUGUGGAGUUCCAGUUCAUGUUCUCACCUUUAUCCGUUUAUUAACCUCUGUUUAUUGACCUCCUUUUAAGUCCUUUUCAAUGGGUGAAUUUUGUACUUGAAAAGGUUUUGUUAGUAUUUUGGUGAUUCUCUUCUUUUCC